CAAAUAUUUUUUUUUCUCUCACUUCUAAAUGUACGUCCGCGUCCUCUACCUCUAACAAGGAAUAUCGGAUACAUUGUACUGCUCGAGAAUCCUGCCAAAAUGUUGAAAUUAAUGCAAUACAGGCACUACUGUAGUUCAUACCACGUUGUGAAUUUCAUUUUAACAAUCUCAUUCAUAGUUUUGAGAACUGUGAGACCAUUUUGUACCAUAUUCCCGCUGACCGAGUAUGAUACCAAAGAAUGCACUUUCAACUGGAACGAGUCAAACAUUCUCCUCUUCCUUGCCUGUACCAUCGCUAUCAAGAACCGAAAGAGACCGCCCCUGAAGGAACUUGUAGUCAAGGUCUUCAUGUUCUUCAAGGUCGCCAACACCAUUCUCUUCUGCAUGACUGACCCUCGGCUGGCUAUCCUCUUUGCUGCUGCCUGCAUUGGAUGUAUGGUUGUUUUCCCAGAGCCAGCCUAUAUCGGACCACAGGAUAUCGUUUACUUCAAAGGAGAUGCAUUAGAGGAUGAACUGAAGAACAACCCUAGGACAACCUGGAUUGUAGAGUUUAUGGCCACAUGGUCAGCUAGCUGCCAUAAUAUUGCACCAACCUUUGCAGAACUCUCAACAACAUAUGCACACAAUCAUCUCAAAUUUGGAAAGCUGGAUGUUGGCAGGUAUCCUGAAAUAGCUGAAAUAUUCCAAGUGGAUAGUUCAUCUCUCACCAAGCAACUUCCAACAAUGGUCUUGUUCCAAGGAGGCAAGGAGGUGAUGAGAAAACCAGGAAGGAACAAGAACGGUCAGACUGUCAGAUAUGAAUUCAAGAAGGCGGACAUUAUCCGUGACUUUGACCUGGACAGACUGUUUGCGAGUACAAAGAGUAAAUCACAGAAGAAAGCAGACAAACAAGAAGCUAAGGCUCAAGAACAGGAGAAGAAAGAGAAUUAAUCCGUUGAAUAUGAGGCUCAAGAUAUAUGUUAGCCACAGAACAUGCUUGUUAUUUCAAACUCAAGUCAUAUAUCCAACAGGUUAAAGGUUGUCCAUGUCUCACAGUGAAGGAGUUCACAUAUAUGUAUUCACAAACUUCUGGAAAACCAAUGAGCUUCUCUUAGAAGUGCAGAGGUAGACCUUCCCAAGCCAAUUCCUGGAAGAAAUGUUUAUUGGAAGGAGAAGAUGGCAUUGCUUGCGAGUGGGUAAUCACUCUUUGAUAGCUUAAUGUAAUGCCAUCAACAGUCUUUUUGGAAGGUUACCACCCCUGGUUGAUGCCGAAAGUCUACAGUUGUGAAUAGUGCUAUUUGCUGCAGGUUUUAUUGUUUGGGGGAUACUUACAAGAUAAGUAUAUACUUCUGAGAACAUUAGGUAACUAGGAGUUGAUGUGCUGGAGAUGAUAUGCAGGGGGAUGAAAUAUAUAUUGUUUUUGCAAACAGAUUUUAGUGUGUACCAUAAAAUUGGUUGAAUAUAAAUUGAAAUAGAUAGGUGUUCUUUCGUAAUCCAGAAGUGAUGCUUACCGUUUUCAUAUCUUUGAAAGAAAAAGUCUUCUUCCUUGCUUAAAAAAAGAAGACAUGUCUGUAACUUUCGAAAAUUAUUCCUGUUCUAUGCCAUUCUGACCUAUAGUAACAUGAGAACUUUUAGGAGUAAAUUGGGGUAAUUUUCAUUAGUUAUAUGUCAAAUUAUUCAACAGGGAAAUGAUUGUUCAGUAUCCUUUUCCCAGUUCUUUUGAAUAAUUCUUGAUAUUUGAAUUGAAUUUUAAUUCCAAAAGGUUUAAGGGAUAGUAUAUCACAAGUAAACUAUUAAAGUAAUAUAUUUGUAUGUUUGCCAAAAAAUAUAUUAUAUCAGCAUCAUUGAGGCACAAUGUAUUAUUUUCGGUCACUUUUCAUCUACAUUUAUUUGCAAACCUUGUAAGAUAGUGAACAAUGAAUAUUAUAGCAUUUGAAGUUCCCAUCAUGUUUCAUCUUUGAAAUCUGUAAUAUUAUCUACUUUGAUACCCAGAAGUGGAAAAUGGUCCUAGUUUAAUCAAAUAAUUAUCUUUGGUGAAUUGUUAAUCAAUGUGGACCUGUAUAGAAUCCAAUUUGGCCCAUUUGUUGAAUCAAGAGAGUUUUAUACCAGAAGGUAUUACUUAUUAUAUUCUACAUAUUAAGAAUCUUGCUCUACGAUUGGUAAAAAGUAAAUCACAUGAUGAAAGAGAGUUCACCCAUCAUUGCUGGGAGAAGCGAAAAGUUUGUUACACUGUGUAGAUAGGCUCCUAUCUACACAGGGCAACGCACUUUCACUAAAGAUGGAAGUCCUAUCUACACAGGGCAACACACUAAUGUAAUUGUAUACGCUGCGUAUUGCUCUCCUCUUUAUGGUAAGCGCUUUUAGUGUUAGUACGCAAACUUUGGCCAUGCGCGAACUAUAUGGUCACGUCACACCUACAUGCACUGCACGUUUCAUACACCGUUUGCUAGCUGAUAAUUGAUGACUUGUUGCUCUAAAAUGAUGGAAGAAGUGAAAUGUUUCUGAUGUGGAAUAUAAAGCAAAUAAUCACCUUUUGGUUUUAGGCGAUGGCAAACUAUCACUUCCUUGGCGAUCUGAAUCUUCGGAAAGAUAGCUACAUCAGAUCGCCUCGGAAGUGAUAGUUUGUCCCAUCACCUUCACCAACAGUAGUUAUUUGCUUAGAAUAUACUUUUAUUUCUAAGUGCACCAGGAAAGGUGCAAUACUUUCAAAUGAUUAAGAGUUCAGUCUAGUCAUAUGAGAUUUUCUAUCGACAUUGACCACUUCAGCAAAUCCCUUUAUAAACUACUUGCAGAGGCUAAAAUAUUUUGAUAUCUUUUUUUUCUGGACUGGGAUUGGGAAUAGGGGGUUAAUCCAACCAUGUAAAAUUAGACAAAGGAAGUGCUUUGAAUGAUAUGAAAUAAAUACAUGAGAUUAUAAUGUAUGUAUGUGAUGCUCUAUGUCUGCAGUUUUGACAGAUUGGACAAUAAUCUUUGACAUGUACCCGGUACCUUCUUUUGGUGUAUGAAGGGAAUUGGUAUGCCCAUCGUAUAGGACAGUAUUGUUGAGUGAUGUUGGAACUUGGAAGGAUGCAGGGCAAGGUUUCAUUUAACUCGGUGUCUGUUUUCUGAAGUUUGUUUUAUCUUCUUGCCAGUCAUAUAACUUACAAGAAAAGAAUGAAGGUGUACUCACGUUGGCCAGAAAAUGACCUGGUGAUGGAUUUGCUUCAUGUAAAUUGAACGUUGCAUGUUCUCAUCCCUCCUGUAACAUAAUUAUAUAUAUUUGUUCCUGUUUUCCAUUCUUGUGCACAUCUCAAAGCAGAUCAUACCACUGGGGAAUACAGCCAAUAUUUUAGAACGAAUCCCUCCCACCACGCAAAUGUUCCAUAGUAAUCAUUGUCACCAUUACGAUGUACAUGUUUCAUGCUACUCACUUUUUCAUAAUAGUGGUCACUUGUACCUACAAUAUAUAUACAGUAUGGUGUAAAAGAUGAGUCAAUUUAUGUGGAAGCUGUAAAUGUUUUUUAAAUAUUAAAAUGGGAAUAUAUUUUGUACUUGUCCACGCACAAAUAAUUCUUUGGAAUGGUAAGAAAAACUGGACAGGGAUUGAUAAAUUUGUUGAACAGUGUAUUAAGAUUGUAAUGGUCGGUGUCUGGUUUCAUGAAAACCUAAAAUGGCACGAUUCAAUAAGAUAAAUGUAUACUCUCUUGUAGCCAAUCGAGUGCAGAAAUAUAAGUAUCUGAUAUCAGUUAUUGUAACCUGUUUCAAGAAAAAAGAAAAAAAAUUAUGAAAUAGGGCCCAGGGGGUUAUUUUGGUGCUUGUUCUCUAUGUAUAUUUGAGAGCAAUGGUAUGACAUGUAUUAUGCUGUGUUUAUUGAAACUGUAUUUAUAUGGAGCAAUAAAACACCUGAACACAA